AUGGACGUUCUUCUUAACAACUCAAAAAAUGAUGCAAAAAAAAUUCAAAAUAAUAUGGAAAAAAAAUACAAUGAAAAAAGUAAAAAAUUUAGUGAUAACGAAAAAGAAAAAAAAAAUAUAUAUAAUGAAGAAUUAAACAUUAAUAAGGAACUUCUUCUUAAUGAAUUAUAUAACUUAAAAAAUAAUUUAUUUGAUUACUAUCCCUUUUCUAAUUAUAUUCAUUUUUACGAAGUAUACAAUAAUUUAAAAUAUAUAGUUAAAUAUGAAAGGAAGCAAAAAGGUAAUUUGUUUUUUAUAUAUACAAAUAGAAAAAGGAACUUAUUUUUCUUAGUAUAUUUAUUUUUCUUAUUCUUAAACAUAUUUUUAUUAUUUAGAUUACAAACAUUAAUUAAAAUUCCUAUUGGUUACAAUAAUUACUUUUUCUAUGAAAUAAAUUUCCACGUUUUUUUUACGUUUUAUGUUCUUACUUAUAGCAUUCUAAAUAUUUAUAUGUUAUUUUGUUCCUAUAAAAUUUUAAUACAUCAUAUUAAUGUUAUGUGUAUAAUUAUUAUACAAUCACUAUAUAAUACUUAUAUAAAAGAAAAAAACAAAGAAAUAUAUAGGAAUACUGAAAUAUUAAUUGAAGGAUGCAAGAAGCUAUUUUAUAAUUUAGAUAACAACUUUGACAAUAUUAUAUUGUUAUAUGCCGAUAAUGUAUUUAAUAAAUUUACUAAUAUAUUUAAAUAUAUAAAUAAAGAAAACUGUGAAUAUGAAGAUGUAUAUACAAACCAAAGUUAUGAAACAUAUAUAAAAGAAAAGGAUAUUCCUAAUAUGUUUAAGGGCAUUUAUUCAGAUGAAUCAAAUAAUAUUUAUAAAAAAAAUGAAAAAAUAAUGAAUAAGAAAUAUUCAACAGUAAUAAAUAUUAGAAAUGAGGAUUUUUAUAAAAAAUUAAAUUACACAACUAAUGAAAAAAUGAACAAAUAUUCUAAUGAUAAUAGAAAAAGUAUUUAUAAUAUUUAUGGAAAUUCUAUUUAUUCUAAUAUUUACGAUAUAAAUGUACAUAUGAAAUAUAAAUAUAAUUAUAUUCAUUCAUUAAUGCUACAGAAAUGUCAAACAAAAAUAAAUUAUAUAAAAUUUUUUUUUUAUUUUUCCCCAUAUUUAAUUAAUUUGUUUAUUAACUUAAUAUUAAAUUUUUAUGUAUUAAUUUCAGUAUAUUACUAUAAUAAUAUAAUUCCUUUAGCUUCAUCUUUUGAAUUAUCUAAGCUACAUUUAUUAAAUAUAUUUAAUUAUAAAGGAAUUUACUACAUAUUAUUCAUAUUUUUAAUUAAUUUUUUUUUCUUCAUGUAUACAUUAUUUUUAUGCAAAUUAAAUACUAUUUAUUUUUUUCUUAGACAAAUAUAUACAUUAUGUAAGUAUGAAUCAAUAUAUUACUGUGAUCAUAUUAUGAAUGAAAUAUAUGAAAACUUUAUUUUUUCCGAAAUUGUAAAAGAUAUAUUUGAUUCAAAAAAUAAAGGUAUUUUACACAUUGAAGACAACGAAAAAAUGACAUGUAGCCAAAAUUUACAAAAAAAAAUAGCUAGUACAGAAAAUAUCCAUGAGCAAAAAAGAUGUGAAGAUGAUAAUCAGAAUGUACAUUAUAGUAAUAAUUCUUCAAAAUUACAUAAUGAUAAAAAUAAGAAUAAUAAAAUAAAUGAACAUGAGAAUUUAUCUAAUGUAACUAAUUUUGAAAAUGUUUAUAAAAAUAAUUCUUUUAAAAAUGAGAGUACAAUAAUAAAACACAAGAUGAAUAAUUUUGAAAAAUACUUCUCUAUUAAUUAA